GUUUUUAAUAGCAAUGAUGCACACCUUUGGACUUGAAGAUCACUACACGUCCAAGAUAUUUGCCAAAGGACUGAAAUCGGGCAAAAACGAAGAUGAGAAAUCAUUCAAUCAUUUUCAGAGGUACGUCAGACAGCUGGUGGACCAGUACCUGGACAAGGAAGUUGUCAUCAGCAAGCAGCCCGAAGACAAAGUGGAACUGAUUGUGCAGGCCUGUCGGGAGAAGUUCCCAGAGUUCGCUCACUGGACUACUACUCGCAUCAGGAUCUACAUCGAGUCCUGCCGAAGACUGAAGAAGAUCAAGAACUCUCCUCUUCUUCUGGCUAAAAGAAAAGCAGCAGGCAGGCGUUUUAGAGAGGGCCAGAAACUCAAAAAAAUAAUUGCAAGUCAGUACUCGAUGCAGGCUGCGGAGGCGAACAGACAGCUCGCUGAGUACCUGAUCAGGAAUGGCCGGACCGUGAACCAGGUCAAACCUAAACGCCUCAGCCCUUACAGCCCUCAGCAAUUUAUCGAGGAACAAAUCAACGCCAUCGGUAUCAAGACGGAAGGAGUUCAGAUCAAGAACGAAUCAUCAACAUCUCCUUAUAUGGACGGGAAGGAAGGUUACACUCAGAUGCCGAGCAUUACCCUCCAGAACCAAUCUAUCAAUCCGGUUCUGAGCAGUCUGAUGAACAUGACACCGUCCUCCCUGCAACCACCCUCCAUGCUAGACCGACACACCAUCACUCCGCCCAACAUCCCGAUAUCCAAACUGUCCCCUCUGGGAACACCGCUCCCCACCAUGGCACCUUCUUUCAAUCCGCACCAAGUUGUACCUCCAAGAGUGGUCAGUCCAAGAACACCCACUGCCUCUCCCCCCACCAUGAUGUCAAAUACUCUCUUCAACAAGCCCUCACUCUUCAAAUCACCCCAGGAACCAUUUAAUGACGCAGAGAUGGCCCAACCAGAAGAUAGCACAGAGAGCUCAGUGUCAGACGCUAUAGGCAAGGUAAUAAGCGCAAUGCUGCAGAAUGAGAAAUCUAAGCAGACGGAGGAAGCAAAACAAAACACCAGUACUCCAAAGAGCUGUCCGUGGAGCAUCACCGGGUCCCCGGUGCAACAAGAAAGACAAAUCCUCUCACCUCUGUCUCCACCCCGGCAAAGGGAUCAACCUCAACUUUCUCCCAAACAGAAGAGCUUCCAGAUAGAGUCCCUGAUGAACAGCUCGCAGAAGGAGGUCUCACAGGGAGCCAACACCACCGGAAUUACAGUCAACACCUCUCCGCUAAGAUUGCCGCUGUCCUUGGAGAAACACUCGGUGAUGAGCAUGACGGAGAUCCUGAACGCCAAGACUCUGGUGACGAGUUACAGAGAAGCUGCCAACUUCUUGUACCGAGCAGCUUCUGAACUUGAGCAGUUGCUUCCAAAUGACCACAGAGUGUUUUGAAGAGAACAGGUUUGAUGGGCCCAUUGAGUGAUCCUGUUUAUUUAAUGAUUGUGAUUUGUGAGGUGUAUUAUAAGACAGUGAAACAUAUCAAGGUAAAUUAAUUACUCCUAGAUUUCAGAGUAUGCAAGAGUGAAGAUUCCUAAUAUGUUGGAUUACUGUACUGAACUCUUUAAACUUUUAAAUGAAUUCUAUCGGGUAAAAUGAGUAAUGUGACGGUUUUAUCGAUUUGAUGCAAUACCGAAGUGUUUUUAUUUUAUUAGAUCCUCUUCAUUCGAUACAUAAUUAAUACAAUUAUUGCAACUGAUUGGAGUUAAACAUAUAAGUGAUACGAUAGUUUUACUUGUAGAAGCUUUCAAUAAACAUGUGUUAAUCUUCGUCAGCUGUAGUUAUUAUAAUAACAUUAAUUACGUGCUACGAACAAUAUUGAGAGAAGCUGGAUCUCCUCACCAAUAUUGUACACUUUUUCUUAGAUAAUUUAAUUUGUUCAUAGCGCAUUAGUUCUUAAACAAUUUUAAACAAUUAAUGAAUGUAUCAGUUUUUACAGAGGCUAAUUUUCCCGGUAUUUAUUUGAAAAUUAUACCAAUUGGAUAUUUAUUUAAUAUUGCAUAAUUUAAUAUUUGAGUUUAAAUGUAAUUUUAGUUUAUUUCAGUUUAAUUUUAAGUUUGUUUCGUCGUCUGCACAUGGAAGACGAUAAAUAUUUAUAAUAUUAAUUCUGCAGUUUUAUCACAGCUACAUGCUAUAGU